AUGGGCAAGUUAAAAAUAUUUGACAUCUCCUUCUCCAACCUGAGUGGUGUCUUUUACGCUGGUACUGUCCUACAAGGACAAGUCACAGUUGAGUUAGCUGAACCUAUGAAAAUGAGAGGGAUAACACUGAGAUUUGAAGGAAAGGCAUAUGUUCACUGGACUGAAACACAGCAUGCUAAUGCAGCACACCAUCACAGAGGACAUCAUACUGACCACUAUACAGCAAACGAAGUUUACUUUAAUCAAGAUAGCUUGCUGUGUGGCAUUUUUCCAAAUCAAGGCAGCAAUACCAUUGACUUACUGCCAGGACGACAUGUUUAUCCAUUUCAAUUCCAACUUCCAAAUGGACUUCCAUCCUCUUUUGAGGGUGUGUUUGGUCAUAUCCGGUAUACUGUCAAAUGCACAAUAGAUAAGCCUUGGAAAUUUGAUCACACAACAAAGCGGCCAUUCACUGUUAUCAGCAUACUGGAUUUAAAUCAGCAGCCAAACUGCUUGUCAAGAAUUCAAGGAUCGAACCAGAAAACACUCUGCUGCCUGUGCUGUAAGUCUGGACCACUCCAAGCCACAUUCCAUGUUGAUAGAAGUGGAUAUGUACCAGGGGAAGCGAUACAACUGUUUGCUGAAAUAAGUAAUGGUACUGACAGAAAGAUAGAUAAAACCUAUGUAGAUCUGAAAAUGAUAACAGUAUAUCAUGCUAUCGGGAGAUCCAAAAUGCAUGUCCAAGAAGUUGCCCGUGUGACCAGACCUGGAUUUGAAGCUCAUGGGAGUGACCAGUGGAAUGGGGAAAAACUUGUGGUUCCUCCCUUACCACCAUCAUUUUUAGCCGGAUGCAAAAUUAUUGAUGUCCGGUAUAUUUUGCAGCUCAAUGUGGAUCCAUCUGGACCUUCAUUUGACCUUGAAGUUCCCCUGGAGAUUCUCAUUGGCACAAUUCCUUUAAUGUCAGUGGUGCAGCAGUUUCCUCCCAUGCCACCUCUGCCCCCGCCAGGCUACAGUCCGUCUGCACCUCCACCCGAGGCAUUUUAUCCUACUGCUCCACCAAUAGGCCUACCAGACAUGCCACCCCCAUCUUACAAUGAAUGUAUCACUGGCAAAGUCAGCAUACGUGAGGAGGGCGACAAUGAACAUACUGGAGGAAAUUUGGACUAUGCACCUGUCUAUCCAUACUACAACUGGGGACACACACCAGGUGCUUUACCUGAGCAGUCUGGGAAGCAGUAG